AUGUCGACGCAUCACUCCGAUCGCGCAGGCUACAAACGUGUCCGAUCUCGCUCUCAAUCGCCGCCAUGGAAACGAUCCGAAAAAAUCCCGCGCAGAGAUGACAGACGACCGCCCGGCCAGUGGAAUAAUGAUGGCGCCAGAUCUGGUCAGCGAGACAGAAGGGAUCAAAAUCGGAUAAAUCAGUUGCAAGAGGACGAGCAAGUGCGCGAGUGGGUCGCUCAGGAAGAUGUUUUCGUCCUGAAGCAGGCUAAGAAGAAGGCAGAGAUUCGCGUUAAAGAAGGCCGCGCAAAGCCCAUCGAUUGGUUAGCUGUCACAUUGCGUGUAAUCGACCCUACGAGGAACCCCUUAGACGAUGAGAUCUCCGACUCGGACUUGGAUCUUAUUGAUCCGGAGGGCGUGUUCGAGGGCUUGUCGCAGGCUCAACUAGUCGAACUGGAGAAAGACAUCGAUACCUUUUUGAAUCUUGAACAAAGUCAGAAGAAUCGUGAUUUCUGGAAGACUAUGAAAGUUGUAUGCCGUGAUCGUCAAAAGAUAUCAGCUCCCGAAGGCCGUGUUUUAAGUUCUGUGGCCGCUGACAUCAAUAAAAUUCUCAGUCCAAAGACUUACGAGCAAUUGGAGACACUUGAGGUCCAAGUGAGACGCAAGCUAGACUCAAACGAGCCGAUUGAUACAGAUUAUUGGGAGGAACUUUUGCGCAGUCUCACUGUUUGGAAAGCAAGGGCAAAGCUGAAGAAGGUCUUCCAGGCGGUCAUAGAAGGACGAGUACAGGUACUUCGCAAGCAACAGAAGGAGGAAGCAGAGUCUGUGCGAUCCAAACUUGCUCCAAUUGCGCCCGUCAUUGGCGAGGUUGUGGAAACUCGAGAGUUAGACCUGGACCCGGAGGCUUUACUUCAGCUAAGACCUGAGGACAAAGCGCUUGAAAUUAUGGACGAAUCAGUAUUUCUAAGUCGAGUGGCUCAAGAACGGCAAAAGAUUCUAAAGAUGGGAUUCGUGCCAUUGCGGCAACGAGGCGCAGAAAGACCCACUCAAUCGUCGCUUUCUAAAGCAAAGAAACCCGAUUUGGCGGAUACUCCUGCCGACCGAUUUUCUUCGUUGUCCAACGAAGACUUCUCUCAGGCCACAAGAGCCUUGUAUGAGCGUGAAGUAGCAAGAGGGGUUAGUGAAAACGAGGAGAUAUUCACAGCAGAAGAAGCUGUCAGCAGUAGUACUUCGCAGCUCGCGUGGGCCAAUAAGUACCGUCCUCGCAAGCCGCGGUAUUUCAACCGUGUGCAGAUGGGAUACGAAUGGAACAAAUACAAUCAAACACACUACGACCACGACCACCCCCCUCCAAAGGUCGUCCAUGGCUACAGAUUCAAUAUCUUCUAUCCCGACUUAAUCGAUAAGACAAAGGCCCCAACAUACCGUAUUGAACGUGAACACGGACGGAAGCGUGGCCAAUCUUUCGUCAAAGCAGGUGAAGAAGAUACUUGUCUCAUUCGGUUCAUUGCAGGACCGCCAUACGAAGAUAUCGCUUUUCGUAUCGUGGAUCGAGAAUGGGACUACAGUGCCAAACGAGACCGGGGUUUCAAGAGCAGUUUUGAAAAGGGUAUUCUGCAACUUCAUUUCCAAUUCAAGAAGGCGUUCAUUUUGCACAACGAAUAUUCUGCCCGGGGAAAAUCGAAGAACAAUUAUUGGACACUUACAGACGAAGCCCUCAAAAAUGGAGUUCAAUCGACUACUCGCUACCGUAACAUCGUUUCGAAGAGACCCCUUGCAUUCAAUGACAUGACACGACAACAUAGCGAAGCUGGAAGGAGAGGAGGAAGUGAAUUGGGGCAUGUUUCAAAGUUUCGCCGUAUCGGUCAAUAUCCGGAGUCCGGUCCCACUGAGCAGUUUCGAUCGAGUCAAGGAUAUGAUAUUCAGCAGCGAUUGGAUCAGCGACAACCGCCGGGUGAUGCGCCCAGGCACAAUCUGUACUAUCAAGAUCCAAGCAUGUUCAUCAUUCAGAGCUUGAAUCCGAGUAUUAUCAUCACCUCGAGCGUUGAUUCUGACUGUUCGCAGUUUGGUUAUGUAGAGACUCAUCGCCCUGCUAGUCAGUUUGGCCAUGAUUUUACACAUUUCGAUACAUAG